AUGGGGUGCACUAAGCAAAAAUAAUCAUCUCCAGCUAGAAACAGAUAAGAUGAUAGCCUCACAAAUAGAUAACCAGAAACAAAUUACACUUAAAAUGUUAUUGGUUUAUAAUAAUGGAAUGAAAAAUAAAUUCGAUCAAAGUUAAAAUCUGGAAAGUGCUAGAAAUAUGUUCUCCAUCGCGUUACUCUUGAAAAUAGCAUCUUCAAUAGCACCAUCAUGAUCAGGAGAAGAAAUCAAGAAAAUUUACCUUCCAAAAUGAGUAUAUGA